UCUGGCGCUCACUGCUUUCAAAGUUUCUAUUGAGCAUCGCGUUUCGUGGAGAGAGAGAGCGCAUGCGAGCCUUCGCCUGAAGUUGCAGCGAGAGUUUGGUACUACCGAAGCUCGGGCUCCGCCACGUGUGUCACUAUGACGGUGUUCUCCGGGAGGCAGCAGGUGUUUCCGGUGGACUACGAGGCCGAGGUCUCGCAGCGGCUUCUGGAAGCUUCUCUCUCCGGCGAUCUGAGGUCGGCGAUGGAGUGCAUCGCCGAUCCGUUCGUCGACGUGAACUUCGUUGGCGCUGUGUGCCUGAAGAGCAGGAAGACCGAGCUGGUCCUCCGCGACGAAUCGGCGAGCGAGGUCCGUGUGGAGUACGAGGAGUUCAAGACGGACGUCACUUCAUUGUUUCUCGCCGUACACACCGGGAAUGUGGACCUUGUGAAGAAAUUGCUGAGCACUGGAGCUGAUGUAAACCAGAAACUCUUCAGAGGCUUCGCGACAACAGCAGCAGUGAGGGAGGGCCACCUCAAGAUUCUUGAGAUCUUACUGAAAGCUGGGGCGUCACAGCCAGCCUGUGAGGAGGCUCUGCUGGAGGCGAGCUGUCAUGGUUGUGCAAGGCUUGCAGAGCUGCUUAUGGGAUCUGAUAUGAUCCGGCCCCAUGUUGCUGUGCAUGCUCUUGUCACAGCAUGCUUCAGGGGUUUCGUGGAUGUAGUUGAUACACUCAUGAAGUGUGGUGUGGAUGCAAGUGCGGCUGAUCGGGUCCUGCUUCAGUCAUCUAAGCCUUCUGUUCACAUGAAUGUUGAUUGUACUGCACUUGCUGCUGCUGUGGUUGGCAGGCAGGCUUCCGUCGUCCAUUUGCUGCUCCAGGCCGGUGCCACGACGGACAUCAAAGUCAAGUUGGGAGCUUGGUCUUGGGACAUGGCUACAGGGGAAGAAUUUCGAGUGGGUGCAGGGUUGGCGGAACCUUAUGCCAUCACCUGGUGUGCGGUGGAGUAUUUUGAAGAGAGUGGUGCAAUCUUGCGCAUGCUCAUCAAACACCUCUCUCCCGAUAUCCUUCAUCAAGGAAGAACUCUCCUUCACCAUGCUAUACUAUGUGGCAAUGCAGGAGCUGUCAAGGUGCUCUUGAAUUGUGGUGCGGACGUAGAAUGCCCUGUUAAGACAACCAAGAAAACUGAGUUCCGUCCCAUACACAUGGCCGCCCGUCUUGGAUUGUCAAAAAUUCUUCAAUGCCUAAUUGACUCUGGUUGUGAUCUAAACUCAAUGACAGAUUGUGGUGACACUGCCUUGAUGAUCUGUGCAAAAUAUAAGCAUGAAGAGAGUCUCAAGGUAUUGGCCAUGGCUGGUGCUGAUUUUGGCUUGGUGAAUGUUGCUGGUCAGUCUGCAAGUUCAAUUGCUGGGUCAAACCGGUGGUCCCUUGGUUUUCAACAAACAGUGUUAAAUGUAAUCAAAGCUAUAAAGAUACCUCGAUCCAGCAGUAUGUCUGUUUUCUCUCCAUUGAUGUUUGCAGCCGAAGCUGGAGACAUUCAGGCUUUAAAAAUUAUUAUGGGUCGGGGAGGAUUUAAUCUUGAUUAUCAGGACGAAAAUGGUUUCUCGGCAGUCAUGGUUACAGCUAUGAAGGGUCAUGUUGAAGCAUUCAGGUUGCUGGUUUAUGCAGGGGCUGAUGUAAAGCUGCACAACAAAUCUGGCGAAACUGCAAUCAGCUUAUCUGAGUUGCAUCAGAGCCGCGACCUAUUUGAGAAGGUAAUGCUUGAAUUUGCCCUUGAAAAGGGCAACCGCAAUGCUGGAGGGUUCUGUGCUCUACAUUGUGCUGCUCGUCACGGUGACUUGGAUGCGGUUAAAUUGCUUACCAGUAGAGGUUAUGAUGUAAAUGUCCCUGAUGGGGACGGCUAUACUCCACUAAUGUUGGCUGCAAAGGAAGGCCAUGGGUCCAUGUGUGAGCUCUUGAUCUCACAUGGGGCCAAUUGUGAGAUUAAAAAUGCUAGAGGUGAAACGGCGCUCUCACUUGCAAGAAAAAUUGUUGGCAAGAAAAACAAUGCAGAGCGUGUGAUACUCGAUGAGCUUUCUCGCAAGCUAGUUUUAGGCGGUGCGUACGUUCAAAAGCACACCAAGCAAGGGAAAGGAACUCCACACGGGAAGGAGAUUAGAAUGGUGGGGUCUGGCGGGGUGCUGCGAUGGGGGAGCUCCAGCCGGAGAAAUGUGAUAUGCCGGCACGCUGAGGUGGGGCCCAGCCCAGCCUUUCGGAAGAAUAGGAGGAUUAAGGGUGGUGCGGAUGAACCUGGAGUGUUUAGGGUGGUGACUACGAAGAACAAGGAAUUGCAUUUUGUAUGCGAGGGUGGGUUUGAAAGGGCUGAGCUUUGGGUGAGAGGUAUAAAGCUUGUGACAAAAGAGGCUAUUUUUGGUAAGCAGAGAGAGACAUAAAAUGGUGAGGAUUUGAAGUAGGCAAUAUGUAUAGAUGCUUGGAGGAGUACUUCAUCUUGGAGUAUUUUUCACAGCUGCUAUUUCAUUGUAAAGGUUUUGGUCGCCGGUAGUUGUACAUUGUGUAGCUUUUGUUCAGCUAAUCACUGGUUGAGCCCGAUCAAGAACA